CCAAUUCUUGCAACCCUGGACAAAGUGCCGAAGACCCUGGCGGAGCUCCAAUGAUGCAAUGCGGGCAACCUGCCAAAUCUGGUGCAGCUGGUGCAGACCCCACAGGAACUAUCUCGUUUUGGAAGUGGCAAGAGCAGCUCCGCUGGCCUCAGGACACCAAGAACCACUCCAAACUCUCCAAACUGCAAAUCUGGAGGCUGUGCAGUCCAGGAUCAUGGGUGAGAUACAGGCCAAACUUUUUGCAAAUCAAGAAGACUUUUGGCGCCGAGGGCAGGUGGAAAUCAAGCGAUUGCAGCAGCAACAAAACGAGGUGGUCGACACACUGGCUAAGAUGCAGGAGCAGCAGGCUGAGCUGGCCGCUGAGCAUCAGAGAGUCAAAGGUGCAUUGGUGGAGGUCACCUCCAAGUUUGAGCAGGUCGUCAAGCAGAUGCGUGAGGUUAUUUGGGCACUUCCGCCUCACGCGUGGCAAGGCAGGUCUUCAUCCCCAUGUAAGCAGGCUGCAGAUGCUGCAGAUGCAGACGGCAAGGUGGCUUUGUGCACGCCCCCGCGGACGUCCCCUCAGGACCAAACCACAUGGCCUGCACCAGGGUCGAGUCCAGCGGUCCUGUCGCUUGCAAGUGCUCUACCAUCAGACUUUAAGCGCCUCAACCUGGCGGAAUGGAUCGACCAGGUUUCGCCUGGAAAGUCGACGGAGACACCUUCGUUGCCAACUAGGUCAAAGAGAAUGUCUUUGAGCUCCCAGGAAACCGAGGAAGCUCGCCAAUUCCAAGUGGAGAUUGUCAAGGAGACGGGGUUCACUACACUUGGCAUCGAGGUGAACCAAGAAGAUGGUGCUUUGCUUGUCGAUCACAUUGACGAGCAUGGGCUGGUCGGAAACUUCAACGCCAAAGAGGAUUCGGCAAGACAGAUACUUGUGGGAGACAGCAUUGUGGAGGUGAAUGGAAUCCAAGAUCCUGAACAAAUGCUGAAGGAGAUCAAGGUGUCACAAGCUUUGCUGCUGGUGCUGCUCAGGACGCAGGCAUCAAAUUCACCUUUGACGAAGCUCAGACCCGAGGCACGGGCGUUUGUUCCUUUGCAUGGUGAAAGGACAUAUCCUGCAGCAUUGUGUUUGCAGGACCCCGCAGGGCAUGCAAGACUUGGCGAGAGCACGAAGGUGAGCCGAACACUAUUUGCUGACGAACUUGCAGGUGAGACGGGAUGAGACAGAUGCUAUGAAGCAGUGGAGCUGAGUGGAGCUGAGAGCGAGUUUGCUGCAAUCAGCGGCACUGCGGCACAUGAGUUGCAUACAGCCAACAGUUCCACAACAAAGUGCCGACAUCAAAAAAAAAUCACGUUCGUCACGGAUGUUGCUAUGGCAAUGUCAAUUCUAGUGCCCGGUCGAGAGUUGUUUAAUCAGGUUUGAUCUGUCUCCUGCUGGUUGCCAGCAUCAGACAGAGUUCCCAUUCACGUGGCCCCCACCUAGGGUGUGCCAAGCACUUGGGUUUGCCAGGCAGUGGGUGGGUCACACACUGGGUGUGCCAUAUUGGGGAAGUGGCCGCGAGAUGCAAAAAGGAGCUUAUAUAUGUAUUUUCACCAGGACGCAAAGCGCAUGCUUUUCCGGAACGCAUGUUGCUGAGCCGUGCUUUCUAGAGAAGAACAUUGAAUUGGAAGAUGAUAGCACGUAGUGGGACGUCCGUGUUCUCGUUCUCAG